UCGUCGACGGACUGUACACAAGUCAACGUGUGUGAAUAUGUCCCUAUCAGUCAAUAACACCGCUUUAUUAUCCUGUUAAAUCAAAUACUGGUGUUUGUGUAACUCACGAAAUAGUCAUGAAGUAAACGUUUUUCCAAGAAGCAGCGAACUUGUCAUUAUUGAAGGUGCAGAGGACACAUAUGACAUCAAAGUGGACACCCUCAUGCUAAUUGGAAAGGCCUGCAGAUUUGUUGGACGUGUCAGGCCUUUUGUUGUCACACCGUCGGCUUGUUUCUUUACCUCCAGUAACAUGGCAAAGAGCAAAUUUGAGUAUGUCCGUAACUUUGAGACAGAUGACACCUGUCUACGUAACUGCUACAUAGUUGUGAGACUGGAUGGUAGAAACUUCCACAAGUUUGCAGAGCAGCACAAGUUUACAAAGCCCAAUGAUAACAGAGCCUUGGGCUUGAUGAGCAGGAGUGCACACUCUGUGAUGGAGGAACUGGAGGAUAUUGUCAUUGCUUACGGUCAAAGUGAUGAGUUCAGCUUUGUUUUCAAGAGGACCUCCACCUGGUUUAAGAGGAGAGCCAGUAAGCUCAUGACCCAUGUGACCUCCCAGUUCUCCUCCUCCUAUGUGUUUUACUGGAGGGAGUUUUUUGGGGAUCAGCCCCUCCUGUUUCCCCCGAGCUUUGAUGGACGUGUGGUCCUGUAUCCUAGCAACCGUAACCUUAGAGAUUACCUCAGCUGGAGGCAAGCAGACUGUCACAUAAAUAAUUUGUACAACACAGUGUUUUGGACUUUAGUACAGAAGGGAGGACUCACCACAGUUCAAGCAGAGGAUCGCUUAAAGGGAACACUGGCUGCAGAUAAAAAUGAGAUCCUGUUCUCAGAGUUUGACAUCAACUACAACAAUGAAUCUGCCCUCCACAGGAAAGGAACUACUCUCAUCUGGGAAAAGCGAGAUGAAACUGUCACUAAACGCAUGAAGCUCCCAGAUGAAGAAGAGAAGGACGUACCCGUGACUCGCAGCAGGAGGAGGGUGCAGGCCUACCACUGCGACAUAAUAGGAGACGAGUUCUGGGAUAAACACCCAGACAUCUUGGAAGACGAUGACCGCUAACAGCUCCUCUCCUGCUGCAGGAGAACAACUCUGAGCUCAGUCAGGCCAAAAUGGUUGAAGUGGACCCAUAUAAACAGUGACUUUACAGGGACAGCCACAGUUUGACGGUACCUAUGAAGCUUAGCACCCUUGAAAGCCUUGAAAGAGCUCUCCCUGACACUGAAGCCUUUUGAUGACCGACUUUGUACAGUUGCUGUCUCACAGCCAGAAAAUAUUCUUACUUUCAUGUAUUAAACUUCUCAUAAUCUUCCCUUAAA